CGUGGAUGAAUAACAUGUACAAGGCCUCCCCUACUGUUGAGAACUUCUGAUAGAUACGUUUAAAGUUGGUCUUGCACGCGUGCAGCCCCUCAUAAUACGCGACCGGAUACACAGGGGCGUCUCACGCAUCGUGCGAUAUCGGCCGAUCAUCAGGCUUUACGCCUUUCAUCAGGAUUUAUUGCCUAUCGAGCUGCCACUCAUUCAAUCAUUCAUAGUCUCCCAUCGCACUGUCUCGCCAAUAUACGAUAGUCACGCCCUCGAGCAAAGACGUCAAGAUGGCGCCGAAAUUCCUCCAGACAGUAAAGUCCGCUGUUGUUGUUUUAUGUCUGGCGAACUAUAUCCUUAUCCCCUUCGACACUCAGGUCAUGAAAUCCGUCAUCGACCUGAACUGGCCCAACCUGGUGGCCUACGUCCUAAUCGAGCAGCUCUUCCUGGCCACCUUCCGGCGUCUGGAUUUCCGCAUCGCGGGGUACAUUUCCAUGGUGACUGCUCUAGCCCAGCUUCAGUUAAGGAAGAACCAAACAGCUUUGUUGAAAGCGGAGGAGAUGGGGUUGUUACUUCCGAUCGUGAUCGAUGCUGCCACCAAUGUCGCAGUCUUGGUCUUAGCAAUCAAUCUCUCCAACCCAGCUCGCCCGAAUCUUCCGAUUUUCGAGUAUGCAUCGUUGCAGGUUAUUUUUGGGUCUUAUGCUCUGCUGAAAUGGGUGCCGCCUGUUGAGUACCCAUUCAAGGUUGUGUUUGUCUCGGGGACCUGGGAGCAAGUCAGAUUGCUCACCUCUGUCCUCUCCCUACGAAUUGCAACCGGCGGGCUCUUGCAAGCGAUUGUUCUCACCUUCUCGGAACAAUCAGAGCUGAGAAUUGGGAUUCUUCGAUCCAAUUGUAACCUGGAUUUGGAUGAACCGAGUUCUGACUCGAAGGGCGAUGUCAAACCUAAGACAAAGUUUGCUGUGCACGUUAAUGUAGCGCUGAUUCUUGGAGGCGCGGCGACUAUUCUUGCGGCUGGCCUGGCGGGUGGAGUAUUUGUGGCUUUGGUGAAGACGAGGGAUGCCUUAGCCGUAGUGUGACGGACGAGGAUGGUAGAAGGGGAUUCAACUUACUGUCUGAGAUUGGAAGCUGUGAGUGUAGCGUACUGGUGCGAUCGUACAUGGACGGAUCGGAGGGAUGAACGCUUUUCGUGAAAUGGACAUGUGCGCUGUGCGAUUUUGUGGACGGUGGUCUUGAUGUAACUCGAGACGGAGUACAGGCUGCGCGCAGCAUCUUCAGUCGUUAUUAUGAGGCGAACAUCAAAGUUCGGUGUAGUUCACCAAUCGUUUGGGCUUUCUGCGUGGUGUAUUCAAAUGUGCAGAGGGCGUUUUUGUGAUCAAGCCGGGGGGGGGGG